UGUUCCGUCAAGGAGACGAAGGCAAAGCGUGGUACGUGAUUAUGCAGGGCGCGGUCAACGUGGAAACAUACUCCAAAGGCGUCGUAGAGUCGCUUUACGAGGGCGAAGACUUCGGUGGUUUAGCGUUAAUACACAACGUCCCCAGAUCGGCCACCAUUACUGUCAAAGAAGACAAUACCCAUCUGCUGCGUGUAGACAAAGACAGUUACAAUAAAAUCGUAAGGGACAUCGAAACAAAUACCGUCAGACUGAAAGAACUCGGUAGUGACGUGUUGGUGCUAGAAAAAUCUCCWCGAUUACACAAAUACAUGAUUAUUGCUGGAACUCCGCAAAAAAUUCUAGAACAUCUACUAGAGCACAGACUAAGUAGUACGAAUGUCGCUGGCUCCAGAAACGACCCGUGUCUAGACGAUUUCUUAUUAACGCACAUCGUGUUUAUGCCUACCAGAACAUUAGUGUCGGAACUCAAUAAAUAUUAUCAUAUGGAAAACCCAUCCCAGGACAGAGAGUACACCAUCAACUGUAAAAGAAAAGUAGUACAAUUCGUAUACAGAUGGGUGGUGACCAUAAGGCAUCCGGUGUUUGAYGACGUCGUCUCAAUGUCAUUUCUCGAGGAACUGGCCAGUGACGUGGAAGCCGAUUGUCAAAUGUUGGGUGGCAAGAGUCAAGCUCUUCAAGAGGAAGCUAGCCUAAUGCAUCAUAUUAUGUCUCGGUUGAGGCGGUAUCAAGACGAACGAUUGGAAACUUCGGGCUUAAAAUGGAAGUUACCACCGGGUGGUCAACCAAUUUGCYUGUUUUCAGCAAUAAACACUCCGUCAAAAAAUAAUAGGCCGAUCAUCCGACCAAACGACGACAUUAUAUUCCGAGUGUACUGUGCCGAUCAUACAUUUUGCACAUUGCGACUGCCUGUAAAUGCCACAGCAGAAACCAUCAAAGUGGGAGCGUACGAAAAAUGCAGUCUCCGACAUCCCGUACAAGAUCUGAGAAUAGUGGAAGUAAAAUCAAAUGGAGAAAGGGUACCAUUCAGGGACAGCGAACACUCGAUACCCACCACUGUGGCACUAAACAGUUGCAUAUUUCUAACGCCAAAAGAUCACAUGGAUGCAUUG